UAUGCUGCAAACCUGCCGUAGAAAGUUGUAUUUACGCGUCAUUCCAGUAUUUAACUAUCAAAACAUUCAAAGUUUUCUCAGUUCAUCUACUGAAACUAUAAACUAUAAGAAAUUGAAGAGAAAAAAAGAAGCAAACAAGAAAUUCAAAAAUGAAAAUGCGCUUCUAUUCGGUCCAAAAAUUAUUUCAGGCAAAUAUCAUAGUGGAACAGAUCAGGAAAAAACCCAUAUAGAACCUCAGCUUAAGGAGGUAACCCAAAGUACUCCUAGCCAGUCAGACUCAUAUGCGCGGACGCUCUCUCCCUUUGAAAUAAGUUCAGAUUUAGUUGGUUACUUGGAAAAAAACUUUCAAAUUAAUGAUUUAGAGAAGGAAAUGAAAAAAACUAAAAAGUAUCUAGAUGGAAUUCUUCACUAUCCAUUAAGUGGAGAAUGUGACAGUUCUCUGAGUUAUCUACCCCAAGACUUAAGAAACAAAUGGCCUAGUGUUACUAGAAUCUUAGAUAAAAGUCGACCACCCGAGGAGCAAUUCUACUUAGACAGAUGGAAAGAAAAAAUGAUAGAAAAAUUAGGCCAAGACGGUUUUGCCCAGAUGCAGAAGGACACGCUAAAUAGAGGAUCUCUGCUUCACGACUGCAUUGAGGCUAAACUUCAAAAUCAAAUAGUAUCAGAUGAAAAGAUUACAAAGAUCGAACCUCUUUGGAAUAGCGUAAGAAAUAUCUUAACGAAAGUUGAAGAUGUUCAUUUCAUAGAACAAUUUUUCCAUCAUCAACACCUACUCUAUAAGGGUAAAGUUGAUUGUGUGGCCACCUUUCAGGGAGAUGUAUAUGUUAUUGAUUGGAAAACAUCGGAAAAACCUAAAAGAUCAUUAAAGUAUACGUGGGAUGCUCCAACGCAAAUCGCAGCUUACAUAGGUUCAAUCAACUCACAAAAAUAUAUUAAAGGCAAAGUUUAUGGUGCUGUUAUUGUUUGUUAUACUAAUGGAGACGAAGCUGAUGUUCAUUUGAUGGAUGAAAAUGCAUGCAAAGAAUAUUGGGUAAAAUGGCUAAAAAGGCUACACGUUUAUUGGGAAAAAAUAAAUGGUGAAUUAAAAUAA